AUGGGUCGCCCAAAACCAAUUGCGAAAGAUCUCUUGGCUAGCAUCCCUUCUGAUGUUGAUGCACAACCAACACAAGCCCUGCCUCCACCGAAGCCGAAAAGAAUAAAAAAGGCUCAGCCAAAGGCUAAAGGUACUCAAAUUGAGUCUGAGGAUGCUCUACUAAUCUCCAAGUUGGCUGAGAGUGACAAGUCUCAACCUUCUGCUAGGAAGAGGCGCUCUGAAGCCCAACCAUUCGAAUCGCCCAAAUCAAAAAAGCCGAAGUCAUCUUCUGCAACGACCUUGGGGUCUAAGAAGCAUGCUGCCCCCUGGGCCAUCCAGAAUGCCCACUCUUUUUCUGUUCAAUCUUUUGAAAAUCGGCAGAAGCUGGCCAAUAUGAAGAAGGAGUUCUCUUCUCUCCAAAAAGCCAACAAGAAUUUGCAGUCAAAGAUGAAAAGGUUUGAAGACCAAGCCGAUGUUGCAAUCAAAGCCCAAACUGAAGCCGAAGAGAAGGCUGAAUCUUUCGAAGCCAUCAGAAAGGUUGCUGAGUCCCAAAGAAAAGAGGCUAAAGAGAAGAUGGCCCAAGCUGAAAAAGAGCUUCAAAAAGCCUUGGCCACCAAAGAGGCUGAAAUCAAAGACGCCGAUAAAAAGGCGUACGCCCAGGGCAUGGCCAAUGUCACUGAGGCUUAUGAAAAACAGCUCAACGUUCCUGAGGACUCGCCCUUGAGAAAAGCCGACGCCAUUCCUCUUCCAUUCCCUCUAUCUGCACCUCUAAGUCAAGACGUCAGCGAAUCUGAGUCUAAGGAUGAUAAGGAAGGUGAUGAGGUUCCCAAAGACGCUGCUCAUGAGAAGGUAUCAGCCGACGUCCCCUUCGCCGACAAGAGUACUGAAGAAACUUUGCAAGAAAUUGAUGCUGAGCUAACGGCGGAGAAGGCGGCUGAGGUUGCUUCUCAACAAUCGUCCGAGGUCCCAACCCAGCUCACUGUUGAUGCCGAGGAACCUUAG